AUGGUGUCCGAGCUGCUGGCCAUUCGCCUGCUGAAGGAGUUCAAUCUUCGUGAAUUGAUUGAUGCCUUGAGCUACGACUUCAACCCACUCGAAGGAUUUGAUGCUCCCGAAGGAGGUGCUCAGUUGAGGCAGUACAACAGAUCUGCGCGUAUCUCAACCGUCGAGAUCGCCAUUCGUGCUCAGGCUAAGCGCUUCCUUGCCCACCCGCUGGUCGUACAACAGCUCGAGGCCAUUUGGGCAGGGAGUAUCGUCUUUCACUCGGCCGCCGACAACCUCCACCGCAAGCCGCCCACACCACCUCCGACCAGAGGACGGAGUGGUUAUGGCACAAUUGUGAACAACUCAAAUCCACAACCAGCCCCGACCAACAAUUCACAGCCUACCUUCAGACGAAGUGUCACCCUCUACAACCCCAAGGAUGCUUCUCUGUUCAAGCUGUCUCGCCUCAGAGUGCCUCGCUAUAGGCAGCUCUUCUCUACUUUGUCCUUCACAAUCAUGUUGGGUUUGUUCUUGGCUGUCUUGGUCGAUCGUUCUACUGAGAUUACUCCACUUGAGAUCAUUUUCUGGUUCUGGAGUGCUGGAUAUAUGCUCGACGAACUCGUCGGCUUUUCUGAGCAAGGCUUUGGUCUCUACAUUAUGAGUGUGUGGAACGCUUUCGACUUGGGUAUCUUGCUUUGCUUCUUCGCCUACUACGUACUCCGCCUCUACGGUAUCUUGAUCCCCGCUGCACGCAAGCAUUAUACUGCACACAUGGCUUAUGAUGUUUUGGCCUCUACUGCUGUACUGCUAUUCCCACGUGCAUUCAACGUCUUGGAUCAUUAUAAGUAUUUUUCUCAACUGCUAAUCGCUUUCCGUCUUAUGGUUCAAGACAUGAUUGCUAUCCUGGUGCUCAUUGUCAUUGCCUGUAGUGGUUUCUUUGUUGCUUUCACACUAUCUUUUAGCGAUGAGAAGGCAGAAGCCUCAAAGGUCGCCUACGCAUUGUAA